ACAAGAACACCCCACCCCACCCCACCCCAUCCCACCCCCUAUCUCCACUGCUUUCUUUCUGAUUAUCCUUAUCUUGCACAGAAAUAUUUGUCAACACUCAUAACUUAGAAAAAAAAAAAAAAAAAGUUUGUACCAGAGUGAUUAUUAGGCUUAUAAUCAUCAGAGACAUGGGAAGGCAGCAACAGGCGUUAAUGGUGAGGGACAAAGCAGGAGAAGAGAAACAGCAGUAUGAGGGACAACAAGCAAAGCAGCAGGUACAACUCAGUAGUCCAGCUUCAGCUUCAUCCUCAUCCUCUCCCUCCCAUGAAUUCUCCUUCACUAUCUCCCUCCACCCGUCGGAGAUCCAGGCCGACGCCAAAACUAGGUCUCCUCCUCCGUUUGCCAUUGACUUAUCUCCGGCGGAUGAAAUCUUCUUCCACGGCCACCUUCUCCCCCUCCACCUCCUCUCCCACCUCCCUGUCUCCCCACGCGCCUCCACCAAUUCGCUCGACAGCUUCACCCUUCCGAUAAAAGAACUUCUCCAAGAAGACAACAACGGCAACAACAGGACAAAUUCUAACGACGAGGAUGAUGAUCACCAAGAAAGCAGGCAUGUUCUGGACGGAAAAGGGAGAGGGAAGUCGAAAUCCUUCUCCCUGUUUGGGAGUAUGCCAAAGUGGAGAAAAGUUAAGGACGAGCAUGAUCACGAUCACGAUCACGAUCAAGAUCAAGAUCAGAGGGCUCGGAAACGGAAAUCGAGAUUCGAGGUUGUGAAGAGGUACAUGAGAUUGGUGAAGCCCUUUCUCUCGUUGAGAAACCGGAGAGGGAGUUCCGACGAAUACCUCCGGCGACAGCCCUUCUCGUAUUCCGGGAAUUUGAGGGUGAGGAGCAAGAAGGAGGUGAGGGGAAGGAGAGGGGAACUGUCCGCGCCGGCGUCCAUGAGGACUUCUCCAGGGAACAGUGGGGUGUUGGUGGGAAGUGGGAGUGUUACUCCUACUGCCAGCAGUGAUAGCACCAUGGAAGAGUUGCAGGCCGCAAUUCAAGCUGCGAUUGCUCACUGCAAGAAGUCAAUUGCGACGGAUAAUCAAAUGAGUUGAGCAUCCGUCGCUGAUAGGUCCGGAUGGUUAUACUGUAGAAGAAUUUUUACUCAAGGUAUUGAUUUUCUUCUUUGUAUAAAAUGU